CCAUCUUCGAAGGUAGGUCCUUCUUUACUCACAUUUAAUUAAAAAAUGAUUGAAAAAAACACAGACGUCGGCUCAGCAGCCGCUAAAUCUAUCGAAAAUCCGCACAACAAAAUGCUGCAUAAGGUCGUUGUAUGCUGUAGAUAUACUGUACAAGAUCUUCACACCGCUGAAUAAAACUAUACUGAAAAUUUAAUCAAUGUAGUGCGUCAGGUUUCCCCUCUAUCAUUCUUCUGCUUCAUGUAAUGUUUUUGUGCGACGGGCGCUGAAAAUAAACGUCAUCUUUCUUUAUACUACGUAUCCCAUGAGCGCGCUGUUGGAAACUACACAAGUCAACAUGGCGGGUACGUGAACAUUUUGCCACCUUUCAUAUAUCUUUUAUGUGAAACAGAGAUCGAUGAGAAGCCUCGACAUCACAUAUUUAAAAUUUAAGCGCAUUCAAUGCUGCUAACAUGGUCUUAUAUCUACCUAAAUACAGUAUAAUCCAUUUUAAUCUAAACGUAAAUCGUGACCUUGGAUGUGUUGCUAACUGAAGCUAACCUUAGCACAAUAGACUGUACUAUGUACUCAUCUCUAUACAGUCUAUGCUUAGCACGUCGUUGAUGUUGGUUGAUAUUUACCUGUUGUGCUAUUUUACCUGCAGGAGUGGCAGCUUUCCUAAAAAAUGCUUGGAACAAGGAGCCUGUUAUCCUGACAUCGUGUGUUAUUGGACUGGCUGGUUAGUUUUGCUUCAUUUUGCAUAAUUGUUUUGGAAAUAGUGUAAAAAUUGACAGAGCCAUUGGCGCAAACUCGAGGGUAUGAGAGAGUAUUGCAGUUAUAUUACCUCAUACAUUUGCAUUGCUUUGUACAUUAUGACUUACUUCAGUAUAGUCCCAUGCAAAAUAAUACAUGUUACUGAGAGUAUUUACUUGGUUGUACAAGUACCACACUUGAGAAUAGCGGUUGAGGGUAUCCUACUUAGGCUAUUACGAAGUGUGAGAAAUAUAUUUAAUAUGAUCUAUGUAAAUAAAUCUGUUUUUUCCUCGUUAGGCCUCGUUCUUCCAUUCAUCAGCCCCAUGACAAAGUACACGGCGAUGAUCAAUGCAGCUGUGCCUUACAACUACCCAGGUAAACUCCAGUGCUGAUUAUUUAAAAGCAGACUGUGUAAAGAUGCUACACUAGACUGACACAUUAAACAGCUUUGUAUUAUUCACCUGUACUGUUUAAGUCUGUGUUUUUAUGGUUAAAUCAUUAUUUUGCUGUUUCGUUUUGUUUUUUCUUUGUUCCACUCAUGGCCAUUUUUAAGUAUUUCCAUAAAUACAAAAGUCAUUUAACAAAUGUAGCACAGCACAUGACCAGAACGGAGCAGGUAGAAGACAAAGCUUAUUUUACCUGCCCCUCACUCAAAACAGAAAUAAACAAUUACAUAAGAUGGUCUGUCCACUUCAGGUUAUUUUCCUAUAACUUUACAAACAGUAUUAUGGGGUGCUCUCUAACGUUUCUCUUUCUUUGCCAUUAGCUUUGUUUUACAUGUGUGUAGCCUUUGUUUGAACUGAUAUUUACCUUUUUGUUGGAACAUUGUUCUUUCAUAACUACAGCCAUUAACUGUUUUGGUUUUUGGAUUGAUUUUGUUACACCAUUUUGUAUAAUUAACCAUCUCAUAAGUGAAAUGUAAAUAGAAUUGUGAUUAAAGCUACAUUUCUUUUUCCAUUGUCCCCUCCGCAGUCCCGGUGCGAGAUGAUGGAAACUUGCCUGAUGUCCCAGAACAUCCUUGUAAACCUAGUGGAGACAACUUGGCCUGGCUAAGAGACCUGUAAAUUUACAAAUCUCUCAGCCCACACCUAUGCUGUUCUCUUGUUCAUAUGUUUCCAUGUUAAUGCUCAAUGUGUCCCAAAAUAAAGAUUCUCUAUUUAAUUCAACUUUUCUGUUG